AUCGCAAUCAUUGGGGGCGGGCCCUGUGGAAUCACUUUUGCUCGUCUGUUGCAAACUGCUGGGAUCAAAUAUCGCGUGUUUGAGCGCGAUCCAUCCCCAGAGUCAACGUCUCUCAAUCAAGGUGGCACACUCGACAUCCAUAACGAAACAGGCCAAGAAGCACUGCGGCGUGCCGGGCUCCAUGACGAGUUCAAGAAGCUUUCUCGUCAAGAUGCCACGGCGAUGACAAUAAUGGAUUCCACAGGAGGAAUCAAAGCCUCUUUCAGUGACGACACUGAUCGCCCUGAGAUCGACCGCUUGCAACUGCGACAAUUGCUACUCAACUCCUUACCUGCAGAUAGGAUUCGAUGGGGAAAGACGCUCUCAAAGGUCAGGCGCAACGAAGGCGAAAAACGGUCUGGAGCGAGCUCCUGGAGGCUGAGCUUUGCCGAUGGCUCAAAUGAGUCUGGGUUUCGACUCGUGAUCGGUGCGGAUGGAGCAUGGAGCAAGGUCCGACAACUGAUCACAUCUGCCAAGCCAGUAUACUCAGGCAAAAUGUUUAUCGAGGGCCGUCUGUCCAACGACAACCCAGAAUAUGGCACAGCGCGCGAAAUGGCUGGCAAAGGCACUGCCAUGGCUUUGAGUGCCAAAAGCGCGCUAUGUGUUCAGCAAAUGUCUGAUAGAUCGUAUCGUCUAUACAUGGGCGUGACAGCUCCCGAAAACUUGACACGGCCUGGAGGCGACGCUGAUCCGGCUGAUAUGGACAAGGCACGAGCGGCCAUGCUAGGGCCGGGAGGUUUCUACGCCAACUGGGCCUCGAACACCCGAGCCUUAAUCGCUGCUUCUGAAGGCCCUUGGCGCCCUUGGCCUCUGUAUCGUCUUCCAAUAGGCCUUUUCUCGUCAGAAGCUACCGAAAAUGGCCGAACGGGGUGCAACCCCAAUGAACCGGGCCAGACGCGCUGGAAUCGUACCCCCGGCAUUGCACUCUUGGGAGAUGCAGCCCAUCUUGCAACUCCAAACGGCGAAGGCGUAAAUCAAGCCAUGUACGACUCGCUGGUUCUCUUCAAUAAGAUAAUGUCUGAGCUAGGAGAUGAAGGAGCUCAAUCGGAUUACGAUGAGGAGGUAGACCAAGCAGCGUUAGAACGGGCCGUUGCAGCAUAUGAAGCUGAGAUGCUACCUCGUGCUCGAGAACAUAUUCAAAGCAGUAUCGAUUUGGAAAACUCGAUGUACGCAGAUGAUGGAGCUGCACGUAUGAUUGAGAUGUUU